UACGAAGCGGCGACUGGCGGCGGACUUUCCCGCAGAGGAGCUUUUAAUUCACGAGUAGAGCGGUCGCCCCCCCCCGAGUCAGAGAACUCAGUCGGCUAAAGGAAGCAACGCGAGGGAGUUUAACCCUUCGGAUAACAAUAUAUUUAACAGACGUGAAGGGAAUCUACAAACUGUAGGUUUCACUCUGAAGAAGAGGAAGAAAGAAGAAAGCCACAAUGAAGUGUCCUCGCUUCGACACCAGCAACAUGGAGAAGAGCUGUGCUAACGUGGCUGCUGCAGAGGCCAGGGUGCUGCUGCACAUCAAGGCCUCCCCGGUGAAGGAGCCCACCCCCGUCAAACCCCAGUGCCCGCCGGCAGCGGCGACCACCAGGACGCUGUUCUCGCUCAACAACGACACCAGGCCGGUCCACAACAAGGAGAACAGCGCGGGCAGGGAGCACGACAGGACCCUGCACGAGGCGUACGAGGACAGCGGCUACCUGUCCCUGCACAACAGUCAGAUCGACGGGGAGGAGGACGACGACGACCACCACGUCCAGGGGAAACCGGCAGCGCAGACUCUGCUGCUGUCCUCCGCUGUGCACCAGGAGAGGACGACGGCGGCGACGUCUCCGCACGGUUCUCCCUCCAAAUGUCAGGGGAGGAAGAACUGUCCGGCGUCUCUGGUGGCGGCCUCCACACCUGUGGAUCGUCCCCGGAGGAGGAUACUGUCGUCCACCCCCGCUGACAACCACAGUGACACCAACCUGCCCAUACUGAAGUUCCAACGGGCGGUGUGUGAGAAGCUCGCCGAGAGCUAUCGGAAGAAUAAGAAGUACGACUGGAGCGUCGUCUCCAAGGUGGCAGAAGAUCACCUGUUGGAUCGGGUGAUCGGAGGCAAGAUGGGCCAGGAGUACGUCGACGUGUUCGCAUCUCUGCUGUCCAGGAACAUGAAGAGCAUCCUGUCCAACAUCCUGGGGCUGCUGGGAGACAUGGACCUCAUCAGCUGCAGGAGAGUGAGCAGGACGUGGAGGAAGAUCAUCUGCGAGGACAGGACAGCCCUGGACAGGUGUCACCGAGCCGAGGAAGCUCUCAGGGAGUCAAUGAGCUCUUUGAGACAAAGGGACUGUGGUUUGACGAGAGACAUCGCCAUGUCCAGGGUGGUCCUGUCCUGCAUGCAGACCCGCGCCUCCUCAAGCACGCCAUCAUCAUCAUCCUCCUCUUCUUCCUCAUCCUCCUACUCCCCAAGCUGCAGGGUCAACAGACGGACGUCUCCCCCUCUAAAGGGCAGCACACCCAAUUCCCAAUGUACACGCUUCAACGCAUUCGUGCAGGCUGCCAACGGCCUGAAGCAGCACGAGUCUCUGCGCUCCUGCAAGCGCUGCGGCUCCCCGGCGACGCAUUCGUCCGAGACUCGGCGGGCAAGAUGCGCUCGCCCCACCUGCCUCUUCGACUUCUGCACCUGCUGCCAGGAGGCGUACCACGGCUCCGCCCCCUGCCGGACGGUGGAGCCCAGGCCCCACUUCCUCUCCUCUUCCUCGAGGGCGAGCCAGAUCCUGCCAGGAACCACUCGCAGCAAGAAGAACCUCAGGCGCCUGUGACUGAGGUUGACCUAGGUUUUAUUCAGACACUUUUAACCGGGCGACUCUCUCUCUCUCUCUCUGCACGGACAGCGUGGAAAAGUUUUUCCAUCGGCGCAGCCUGGAAGACGUGGCUUCUGCAUGAGCACAGUGGCAAUAAGUUAAAAACAAUUCCUCCGGCUCUGCUGAUCUGAAUCAACUUGAGCGAAGCACUUGUUCAAAACGCAGCUGGAACAAUCAACCAGAAAAGUGUCAUCUGGCUAAAAAACUGUUUGUCGUCUGUGAGCGACGAACAAUUCCGAUGCCAAAAAAAAAGAAAGAAACUCAAAACCGAUAUGCUUUAAAAUGUCAAAAAAUGUUUUAUCAUGUUUUUAAUAUGAGAUGAAUGUAUAUCUUAUUGUAUUGUCACUUUUAAAUAGUUUUGUAUAUAUACAUGUUUUCUUUUAAAUAAACGUUCAUUGUCAAGUCUUUAUAAAUGUUCAAAUAUAAGUAUGUUUGUCAUGUAAAUACACGUUUCAUAAAACUUAA